AAUCAUCUCCUCACUUUGGCCAAUUUCACCGUCGUCGUCGCGUUUCUCUUAAGCUUCUCUCUCUCUCUUUCAAAAACUUAUUUGGAUCUCUCUCUCUCUCGGUGAAGCAAAGAUGGGGUUGAGUUUCGCCAAGCUGUUUAGCAGGCUUUUUGCCAAGAAGGAGAUGCGAAUUCUGAUGGUUGGUCUCGAUGCUGCUGGUAAGACCACAAUUUUGUACAAGCUCAAGCUCGGAGAGAUUGUCACCACCAUCCCUACUAUUGGUUUCAAUGUUGAAACUGUGGAAUACAAGAACAUCAGUUUCACCGUGUGGGAUGUCGGGGGUCAGGACAAGAUCCGUCCAUUGUGGAGGCACUACUUCCAGAACACUCAGGGUCUCAUCUUUGUUGUGGAUAGCAAUGACAGAGACAGAGUUGUUGAGGCAAGAGAUGAACUUCACAGGAUGCUGAAUGAGGACGAGCUGCGUGAUGCUGUGUUGCUUGUGUUUGCUAACAAGCAAGAUCUUCCAAAUGCGAUGAAUGCAGCUGAAAUCACAGAUAAGCUUGGCCUUCACUCCCUCCGUCAGCGUCAUUGGUACAUUCAGAGCACCUGCGCCACUUCAGGUGAAGGGCUGUACGAAGGUCUGGACUGGCUCUCCAACAACAUUGCCGGAAAGGCAUGAUGAGGGAGAUAUUGUGCAUUGCAUCGAGAUGAUUCUGUCUGCUGUGUUGGGAUCUCUCUGGAUGCAAAGAAGAGAUUAUAAAUAUUAUCUGAAACCUUUUUUUGCUAUUGGGGUAUGUGAAUGUUUCUGAUCGUGUGCAAGUAGAUGUCUUGUACCUAAAAUUUACUAGAAGAACCCUUUUAAAUAGUUUUCGUGUAUUGUACCUGGAUUAAUAUGAUUGAUUUUUUUUUGCUUUCUUA